GAAUCCGCGGGCGCCAAAUUGAGAUAACCUUGAUAACAUCGGUAAUGCAGAUUUCCCCUCAGAUAGUUGCGUAACCUCAAUUUUGUGGUUAUAUAUUUGAAGUCCGAGUGCAAAAACACAUCCACAGAUAUGGCUGGAGGUGAAGAUGCUGCUGAAGCUGCAAAGUUGACUGGACUGUCCAAGUAUUUCAACUCCGUCACGAAUACGGGCAGGGCAAAUGUAGCCAAAGCCACGUAUGCGUCAGUCGCCCUCCUGGUGCUGUACUUCACCCUGAAGCCCAAGAAGAAGUAAGAGAACCACGAGGAGAGAGGAGUUUAGUGAAAAAUCUACCCUAAAUGCUCCCGGAAAAUCCCAGCAUCAUGAAUAAAUUUGUCUCUUGAGA